AGGAGGAAGCAAAAAUGGCUGCUUCUCUUUCAAUUCCAUUGUCGACCCGGUUCUCUCCAGCAAAACAUCAUCGUUUUAAUGCCUUAGAGUUCCGUUCACCUCUGCGUGUUAGUUGCUCUGCUUCGAGGGAUGGUCCUGAAUUAGAGGGAAAGUUACCUCAGUUGAAGCAGCUAAAGAAUGUAGCUUGUGGCAUUCUUGCUGUUUGGGCAGUAACUACUGCCUCACCAGUAAUUGCUGCUAAUCAGAGGCUGCCUCCAUUGUCAACUGACCCAAAAAGAUGUGAGCUUGCAUUUGUUGGUAACACCAUAGGUCAAGCAAAUGGAGUUUAUGACAAGGCAAUUGAUCUCCGCUUCUGUGAUUUUACAAAUGAAAAGGCCAACCUGAAGGGGAAGAGUCUUGCAGCAGCACUCAUGUCUGAGGCAAAGUUUGAUGGUGCAGACAUGACAGAAGUUGUAAUGUCAAAGGCUUAUGCUGCAGGAGCUAGCUUCAAGGGUACAGACUUCUCGAAUGCAGUUCUAGACAGGGUUAACUUUGAGAAAGCUAAUCUACAAGGAGCUUUAUUUAUAAACACUGUAUUAUCAGGCUCCACUUUCAAUGAUGCACAACUUGAUGGUGCAGUGUUUGAGGACACCAUUAUAGGAUACAUUGAUCUUCAGAAACUUUGUAGAAAUACAAGUAUCAACGAAGAAGGAAGAGAUGUUCUGGGGUGCCGAUAACAAUUUUCUCACUACCGUUUGUCGAGUUUCUUUGUUUCCUGAUACUAUGAGAUCCAUCUGUUGAAGAAGAAGAAGAAGCAACCUCUGGUGCUUCAUGUAUUUCAAGUUUACUUGGCAAUUUAAGUAUAUAUCCAUAUAGAAAGCCUGCAUCUGUGUAUGAUAUGUUUUUGCAUAUAUAGUGGAAACGGAAGGCUUUUCUUCUUUGUUAUGACU